AUGAGAGUUCCAUCUCUAGACCUUCUUCGGGCCUUGCGCCUGGCUACAUCUUCAUCAUCAUCAUCAUCACCACUCCGCAAACCUCACACGUUCCACCGUGUCUGCACAUCACCACUCUCCCGACCAUCUCUACUGGCUCCUCCACAACUGCGUCCUCUCUCGACAUCCAUCGUUCGUCACGCACCGCAAGCUUCAUCUUCAUCUUCUGCCUCGCCUACGAGACGCCGCCCUCAAAAUGAACACUCACCCCCCACAACAGUUGCGGGCGCAGGCACAGGUGCAACUACAAAUGCAAGCUCAGGUACAGGCGGAGCAAGUACCGGUGUCAACCGCCUCAAUCCACGUGCUCCCAAAUCCCACGACCGCGGGCCCGCGUCGACUGAAGACACGCAAACCGACUUUUCGGCAAUGGACAUACUCACGACCUCGGGCGUCGCAGUCCCAGCCACGGCCAUCGACGCCUGCACCCAUGACGGCUUCCACUUGAACAACGGCACGCAAACACACAGCGGGAUGGGUGUGAUGUUGCUUGAUGGUGAAACUUUUGUUUGGACUCCCUGGAACACGGACACAAGUGGUGGUGGGCCUGGCUUUUCAUCUUUUCUAUCCAAGCGUGGCAUUCUGACGCUCCCCCUAUCCUCCCUGGGCGUAUUGGGUCUCUUGUACCCGAAGCCAGAUCUACUCAUCAUUGGCACGGGCGAGAAAUUGUGGAUGCUGAGCAAGGAAACACGUAAAUACAUCUCCGAGGACCUAGGCAUCAAAGUGGACGUGAUGGACACACCGAACGCGGCGGCAGCGUAUAAUCUGCUCGCAACGGAGAGGGGCGUGGACCAGGUUGCGGCACUGAUGAUACCGUUGGGAUUCAGGGGAGUCUAA